AUGGACCACACCAUUUCUGCCUACAAGUGCCAUCCAACCGACAUCGACGAUGGAUCUGAUGACAGUGACUCUCCUGCUAUCGCGUUCUCGCUCCCGUCAAGCUCCGACCACACGUCUCAUCCCGCCACCGGCGACCGCCAGUCCAACGAGGACUCUGACGAAGAUGUGUCGCGCCCUCUGAAUCCUGACGAGCGUGAUCCAUGGGAGCUGCGCUACGAACAGAUAUACAAUGGCAGAAAUUGCCUACCUCUCUGGCGCUUCGGUUACGCCUUCAAGUGGGAGGCCGCCUUCGAGUACGCCAAGCACCACAAACUGAAGUGCUUGUCCACUGAUGAGGAGGGAGCUGAGACUCUCAACUUCGACGAGUUCGUUUCCCAGGUUGGUGGAUCCCCGGCGGAAGUGGCGGGAAUCGCCAUCAUCCUUAUGGCGAUCGACCUUUCAAAGAAAUGCGGUAUGCGCUUGGACACAGCGCAGACAUUGUCGCUCGAGCACAGAUUCGUCCUCUACCUGUGGACGAACUACAACUACGACGGACGAAUGCAGAGCUGCGGCAACUACGAUUUCGUCCUCGACACCCUUGACACUGCGCUCAAGCCAUUAUCCGGAGCUGUAGUUAAUACGUUAUGGUAUAUUGACCUGGAGGACGACUGCCUGAUAGGCGUUAUACAGCUGAAGUACGGCAGGUGA